UCUGGGGCGGGGGCGUGCUCCCGACCCCGGCAGCUUCCACGACCCGGCCCCGGGGCUAUGGCCGGGAGUGGGCGGCUGGCGCUGUGGAGCGUGCCCGGGCAGGUCUGGGUGCGGGGCUCGGGGCCGGCCGUGCUAAGUCGCCUACGGGACGCGGCCGUGGUACGGCCCAGCUUCCUGAGCGCGGCCGAGGAGGAGACACUGAGCGACGAGCUGGAACCCGAGCUGCGCCGCCGUCGAUACGAGUACGAUCACUGGGACGCGGCCAUCCACGGCUUCCGAGAGACAGAGAAGUCACGCUGGUCAGAGGCAAGCCGGUCCAUCCUGCAGCGUGUGCAGGCAGCCGCCUUUGGCCCCGGCCAGACCCUGCUCUCCUCGGUGCACGUGCUGGACCUGGAACCUCGGGGCUACAUCAAGCCACACGUGGACAGCAUCAAGUUCUGUGGAUCCACGAUUGCUGGCCUGUCCUUGCUGUCUCCCAGCGUCAUGCGGCUGGUGCACACCCAGGAGCCAGGGGAGUGGCUGGAACUCUUGCUGGAGCCGGGCUCCCUCUACAUCCUUAGGGGUUCGGCCCGUUAUGACUUCUCCCAUGAGAUCCUUCGGGAUGAAGAGUCCUUUUUUGGGGAGCGUCGGGUUCCCCGGGGCCGACGCAUCUCCGUGAUCUGCCGCUCCCUCCCUGAGGGGAUGGAGCCUGGGGAGCCCGGACAGCUGCCCCCACCCUGCUGACCCUGGGGCCCUCCCCCCCAGCUGCUCAAGACACCGUGUUUGUGAAUAAAGUUGGAGAGUGGACAA